CUGGGCAUGAUCAUCAUCAACGCCAUCAUCUGCCACGUCCCUAUCGCCGUCCUCGUGUACGGCGCCAACUCGCCCAACCCGGCCCCUUACGUCGGACCCUACUCCGUCUACGAGCGGGUACAAGUAACGCUGUUUUUUCUCCAAGAAACGAUCAUCUCAGCCCUGUACAUCCGUGAGACGGUCGCUCUCAUGCGCGCACGGCGGCGCGGGGGGAUGGGCGGCAAAGUGGGCAGCACGCGGUGGCUGAUGACGCACCUGAUCGUGGUCAACAUCAUCAUCGUCGUGCUGGACGUCACCAUCAUCGCGCUCGAGUACGCCGGCCUGUACGACCUGCAGACAUCCUACAAGGCGCUCGUGUACAGCGUCAAGCUCAAGCUCGAGUUCAGCAUCCUGAACCGCCUGGUCGAGAUGACGCAGGGCGGCUCGAGCCACGAGAGCUCGCAUGGCCGGACCGCGGCCGAUAACCUGACUCGCGGGGGCGUGGUGCAGAUGGAUAUGCUCGACGGCGAGACGACAACAACAAAGAAGAAGGGAGGCAAUAUGGGGAACAGCGUGUCCGUGAGGACUGGGUUGGGCGUCGGGGCUGCAAAAGCGCCCGCUGGCGGGUCGGUCGUCAUGACGACAGAGAUCACGGUCCAAAGAAGCCAUCGGCCGCGGGACCUGGACAGCGAACGCGAUUCGGACAGCAUUGGUGACCGAUCUGUCGAACUGGAAGGCACGGUUGGAAAUACAAGGGCGCCGUCCCACUCGUCGGAGCAGCACAUUGUUGAUCGGCGGUCCUGAUGGUGGCAUAUUGUGGCACUUGUUGCUUUCUUCAAGCUAUCUGUUAUCCAAAGGUCUGUAAGAGGUUAGGGCACCCUGAGGCCAACACACAUCCCAGGUUGUAUAGU